UCCAUAUGUUUUUUUUUUUUUGCAAAAUAAAAAAACAAGGAACAGAACCAGACGAGGAAGGAGAAGAAGACAUGGAAACUCCCAACAAAGACGAAACAGAAAUCUCGAAAGUAGAAUUCAAUGAUUCCGAGAUUGAAUACAUCAGCUACGGCGGCGAACAUCACCUCCCUCUCAUCAUGAACCUUGUCGACGAAGAACUCAGCGAACCUUACUCCAUCUUCACCUAUCGCUACUUCGUUUAUCUAUGGCCUCAUCUUUCUUUUCUGGCUUUUCAUAAGGGUAAAUGUGUGGGCACGGUGGUUUGUAAAAUGGGGGAACAUCGUAGCACUUUUAGAGGAUACAUUGCUAUGCUUGUUGUUAUCAAACCCUACAGAGGAAGAGGCAUUGCCACAGAACUUGUUACUAGGUCUAUCAAGGUGAUGAUGGAAUCAGGCUGCGAUGAGGUUACACUGGAAGCAGAAGUCACAAAUAAAGGAGCACUUGCUCUGUAUGGUCGCCUUGGCUUUAUUAGGGCUAAGAGGCUUUUUCACUACUAUUUGAAUGGAGUCGAUGCUUUCCGUCUUAAACUUUUAUUUCCUCGUCCAGACUUGCACGCACCUCUGGACUCACCGGAUAAAUACGGGAGCCACAUGCAUAGUGAUCAUGGCGAUUCACUUAUUGAGCAAUGAUUGAUUCCAUUCAUGAUUAUGUACUUCAAACAAAACACAAAAUUUUGAGCACAUUGCUUUAUGAACUGAUGCUAUGUUAUGGCGUGCAUCAAUGUUUUUUCUAGUAUGUUAGGUUAUGUACAUUUUCUGUUAUUUGCAUUUCACUUCUCGUUAACGUUAGAGGUUGAAAAAAAUCAGAAAUGGCAAGACAGUCCUCUUUUAAACCCA